CGUGUUUUCGUUCUGCCGAAAACCGAAAAUAGUAAACUUAAAAAACACAGUAAACGAAUGGCUGAAUUCCAGUUCGGAACGUUGUUGAGUUGUUGUUAAGAAAUAGCCGUUAUUUGUUACCCGCAUGGUAUACAUGUGUUUAAUUAUUGUGCUGGAUAAAUAAAUUGAAGAAGAAUACAAGACGUAAUAAAAUAGUGUGGCCUCGAUGAGAACAACCGAUUUGAAGCAGUUGUGGGUGAAUUAGGUCUCGACGUAAAAUGAUUGAAGAUUCGGUUGAAGAUGGGCAAACGCAUGCACCUUUGGUUAAAAUUUCAGAAGUGGCACCCAGUGUCGAAAGUCUUAAAGAUUCACCUCCAGAAACAGAAAAUUUUAACAAUUCUACACUUCGAAUAGAUCAUCUAUAUCAACGAAGAGAAUCAAUUCUUUCAUCAGAGAUUAGUUUGUUCGUCGAGAAAACUGGUCAGAAGAUUCCCGAUGGUGGGUGGGGAUGGCUGGUAGUGUUAGCCUCUUUUGUAAUUAACAUGUUAUCAGAUGGCGUUGGAUUUACGUUUGGAUUAUUGUAUAAGGAAUUUUUAAUCGAGUUUGGUGCUUCCAAAUCAGCUACCUCAUGGAUAGGAAGUCUUUUUAUGUCACUGCCAUUGAUUGCAGGUCCAAUUGGCAGCGCCCUCGUUGACAAAUACGGAUGCAUGUCAAUGACAAUUAUUGGAGGAAUCAUCUGCACUAUUGGACUUGCUCUCAGUUCGUACGCACGCACCAUCGGGGUAAUGUAUUUAACAUUCGGAGUCAUCGGAGGCUUAGGACUUACUUUAUGUUUUGUAACAGCGGUAGUUUCGAUAGCCUUUUGGUUCGAGAAGAAAAGAACGAUAGCUUUGGGACUGGCUGCCAGCGGAACUGGAUUUGGUACGGCAGUUUAUUCCCCUCUGGCUACCUGGCUUCUCUUUGAGUACGGCUGGAGAGGAACUCUGUUGAUUACUGCUGGCUUUUUUGCCAAUAUGUGCGUUUGCGGUGCUUUAAUGAGAGAUCCAGACUGGAUAAUUGAAGAAGAAAGGGAAGAGAAGAAGCUAAAGAAAGAGAGAAGAAAAAAGUCGAGCGCUUCUUCUAUUGAUACAGAAUGUCUUGAAGAAAUCAAACAUGUUCUUGAAGAAGGAGGCGACGCACAAUAUUUGCUUCAAGACGUCGACGCUACGUUAGAUUUAAGCGAUAAGGAUAGAUUUAAUUCAGUUGUUGACUUACCUACGUUCGUUAGAGAAAACGAAAAAGUUCCGUUAGAAGUAUUAAAGCAUUUAAGUGAAAAUAAACAAAUUUACAGUAUUAUUGUAGACAAUUAUCCAAAUUUAUUAGCAGGUCGCAGCUCGUCAGACAGAGAAUUAAAUAUUACUCACGCGGCAAAUCGACAUACAUCUAGAGUUCCCGUAAGAUUGUCCAUGAAAGUAAAAAUUCCCGAAGAAAAUGACCCCAGCAAGCCUGAAACGAGUACGCCACUUUUAGAACGACCUUCAAAAAAUUUAUCUGACCAUGUAAAACCUGCAAAUGAAGCACCUAAAUCUACAGAUACUAAAACGGAAGCUGUGGUUAUUUCACCUACGGCAAACAAGGCUACGCAACUUCUUAGAAGUUUGUCUGUUAAAGCUAAAACUCAGAUUCAACCACAGUCUUAUUUAAAAAAUGUUAGGUUUAGGAAAAACUCUAUCGGUUACAGAGGAGCGAUGUUAAAUAUCCAUAAAUACAAAGUUAAAGCUUCAAGCUGUCCAGAUAUAUAUAAAAAUUCGAUGGCGACUUUAUUUAGAGAAGAUGAGUAUUUCAGAAUUGGUACGACGAGUUUUUGGAUAUUUUGAAAGACUUGACUAAUUUUUCCCUCUUCUUGGAUUUACAUUUCUUCAUAUUGUCAUUGUCUACAGUAAUAGUUGAUAUGUGGUACGUGGUACCAUAUUAUUAUUUGGCCGAACAUAUGACGCGCCACGGAUACAGUGACAAUGAAGCUGCAUUUGCAAUUUCUGUUAUUGGUAUUACGAAUACAAUUGGAAUGGUACUCCUUGGAGUUGUUGGAAAUAGACUAAAUAUUGCAAAAUCAUAUGCAAUUUGCUUAGUUCUUUGUGGCGUAAGCAUCGGCUGUAUGAUUUUAGUAACAUUUAACUAUUAUUUGUUAUUAGUAGCAGGAGGAUGUUUUGGUCUAUUUUUUGCCAGUUCGAUGUGCCUUACUCCUUCGUUAUUAGCAGAAUUAGUAUCAUUAGAUGAUUUUACCAUGGCAUACGGACUCCUAUUACUGUCACAAGGAGUUGGAAAUCUUAUAGGACCACCCUUGGCAGGAUGGCUCUUUGAUUUAACUGGUUCCUGGGAUCAAUCCUUCUAUCAGGCAUGCAUAUGGAUCAUAGUAUCCGGUCUUCUGGUGGGAAUAAUCCCAUUUACAAAAAAUAGAAAAAUAGGCAAAAGAAGUUAGAUGAGAUUUUGUAUUAAAACUUUUGUAAACUGAUGAAAUGAAUAAAAGUUUGUAUGUAA